GAUAAUCAAGAAGCRCUCUCUUGGUUCGAGUUUCUCUUUGAUGAAAAAGGAGAACUAUUGAAGGAUCACCUCAAAAGCUCAACAGCAGAACCUACGGCUGCACAGCUCAUUGUACAAUUUCUGGAACGCUCAGGAAUAUGUUCCAAUAAUAAUGCGCAAACUGUAGAGCAUUCCAACCCAGUUGAUAGUAAACGAUUUAAACGUCUCAAGCAGUUGGCUCUUCAAGUUGGCUUUCAYAUGGAAUGGAACCUGGAGACAUUUGAAAAUAGUCUUUCAUUGCACUGGCAAAAACUGUUUUUUGAUGAGCUGUUGAAAACUCAAGUGCCACAGUAUAAAAGUUUUCUAAAUGGACARGUUUGUCUGAAAGAACUAGACAAACAGUCAGCCAUGGCUUUGGUUAUUUAYUGCCGUUGGGUGAUACGAACCUUAGCUCAGCACUUCUUGCCAAACAUUGGGAAGCCUAAGACAGGUUUAAUGGAAGCUGCAGAAAAUGAAAAUACACUGAAAAAUCUYAAAGAACAACUUUCAACCAGCAUUUCCAUCCUUGAAGAUGCUUUGUUGCUYACUGAGGACCUUGAACUACCAUGUCCUUUUGAUYCACCCACCCCURGURAAACAGAUACAAGCAAGAUUGAURYCCCCCCUGAAACUUCAAUCAAAAAUACAGAAACUAGUGUUUCUCCCAGUGACACAGAUACUGGUAWUGCCACCUGUGAGAAAGCCAGUGAUCAUGUUGAUACAAAGGAUACUGAGUCUAUAUCUGGUAAAACAGAAGGGAAUAGCAGCACUCCCCCUGAAAUAAAAGAAGAACAAAGCACUGAUAAGACAAUGAAUGUAGAAGAUUCAGAGAAAACAUCUGAAGAGACAAGCAAGUCAUAUCACACAAUUUGUACACAGAGUGUUAAAGUGAAUAUCAAGGAGCUCGUUGCUCAGGUGUCCUUUGAUUUAGGAACGCUCUAUUUUUAUCAAGAAAAGUUUGAAAAAGCAGCAAAAUUAUUCCAACAUUGUAAAGAAUCCAAAUGUUGUACAUCAUCAUGCUAUACUGUGAAUGAAGACAUGUUACAUGGCUAYUAYAUGUCAUGCUGUGGUUUGUUGAAYAUACCACCUAAAAUYACSYUGUUCAGCUCYGAUCAUGAAGGCAGAGGUUACAAUGUCUCUCUCUUUGAGAAGGUUGAACAUUGCAGAUUGUCCUCUCCUCAGGAUAUGAUAAACCUACUCAUCCAAGACAACAUAGCACUUGAGCUUCCAAUGGAUUAUAGACAUGCCCUAGAGAAGAGCACUGUCAAUGAAGAAACUAUUCCAGAUCAACCURGCCUUMCAUGGCAGAUAGCUGCUUGCAAUGCUAUUAGACAGGUGAUAGAGAAUAAACCUUURAAUGCCAUAUUYUGGGACAAAGUAAAGAAAGGACUGCAUGGGGAACUGCAAUGUAUUUUGUCUCUCUGUUCAAAAACAUUUCAAGAAAUGAAGAAAUCCUCUGCACUGUGGGCUGAUAGCGACACAAGAUUUCUUGCUCUAAAGUCUUUUGUACUUUUACUUUGUAGCUGUGUUGAUAAUGGCUUUGAGGUUGCAAAGAAUUCAGAAGAAGACGUUUUUGUACAAAAUCUGCAAAUACCAAAUGAYUCACCUAUGGAUGAAAAGGAGCCUUUGACAUGGAAACCUGUAGAUAUCUUUGGAGAAUGUGACAGAGAUGAUGCAGAUCUUAGAUGUGGAUGGCUUCUUCAUAAACUACGCUCAUGUUUUGAUGCUGUAGAAAUAAGUAGUCUGAUUGAAGAACUUCACAGAAUCCAGCCAUCAAGACGAUUUCACAAUGAGAAUUUUACUUGCAUGACUUAUAAAUCCUGCCUGGAUGGUGUACAAGACCCUGUGGUACAAGAUUUACUACAUGUCAUCCUGUCAAAGUCACUACAUUGCUGCACAACAAAGCGAUAUGGAUUAUGUGAGGAAAUGCUGAGCUUUGCAUUGGGUAGACUGACAACUUUAAGUGGUUCUGGGACUGAAAUUGAAAGAGUCAAAGCAGUACUGCACCAGGAAUUGCUUGUGACAGACCUUCAAAAACAUGCUGAUAGACAAAAGAAUGAACUUAUUGACUCAGUUAAAUCUUACCUCAAGCGUACUAAAAACAUUCCUUCAGCCAAGGCAGACAACCUUGCUGUAGCUUACUUACUGAACAUGAAGGAGUUUUCAUUUYUAUCAACUCUCAGAACUGAUGGAGAGGAUGACAUGUCAGUCAUGGACACAAAGAAGCUUGGAUCACUGCUUGCRUCUGCYUCACUGUCCAUUACAAAGCCUCAAGAAUGGAGGAAGUCAAUAAGGUUAYUAUGGGAUGGAGUCCUUCGAGUGUUUACUACAACUMUGCAGCAGAAACGCCCACAAGAAGGRMGRCCUCCUAUUUCUAUAAGACGAGAUGCUGCUAACUUAAACUUAUCCAGUUUUAACACUUUUGUGGGUCAUCUAAAGGAUGAAACCUGUUUAGGUGUUCUGAUAUCCUGCCUUGCCAGGUUAUUUAAUUUAUCUAAGGAUGGGCAGGAGAAUUUCAGGGAAAUCUUCAGUUCGUAUGGACAUUUAUGGCCAACAUCUAUCACCAAUCGUMAUUCUGUGAAUUUUGAACAGAUCGAAGCAGCCAUGAUGCAYAUCACACAACACGGUGUCAAGCUACAUCCAUAUAACGUCACAUGGAUACAAACACUAGCAGAYAUUUUUCUUAACUCCAAAAACUUCCCUUCAGCCUUCAAGMGAUAUCUAGAGUCAGGGGCUUGUUCAUCCUUAAUGUUUGCACAACCAGUACCAGUUACGGUGUGGGAUUCUCAGGUUUUUAGAAAGAUGGUAGAUUGCUGCAUGCAGCUGAAGGCUCACAUUCAGGGUGCGUUACUUUGUCAAUGCGUGGAGCCUAAGGAUUAUGUGACGGCAUUCAAGGCUAUUCAACUAACAGCUCUUUCCAGUGAGGACGCAAUGGACCGAUACUAUUCGUUAUUCUGGGACGUCACCAUGCUGGAAUACCUUAUUAACACUCACUUUAAACAAGGACAACACGACAAGAAGCAACUAGCGAUUCAAACGAUUAGUCAAGCCGAACUGAAUAUCUUCAAUAAUCAAGAAGUUCUGCAACGCGCAGAAUCCAUUAGAAAAUCGUCGCUAUUCCGAUCUCUCUCCAAGCAGUACUUGUAGAUCUGGCUUUGUUUGGUAUUCCUGUGUUGAACUAUGGAAUGAUGGGACUGUGAAAGAAAGUUCAAGCAUUGCAUGGUAUUCCUGUGUUGAACUAUGUUGAGCUAUGAGUUAGGGACUGGGAUUUGAGAUAUACUUUCUCUUAAUUAAUUGAAAAGUUGACAAUUUUAAAUACGAAAACAAUAGAUAAAUAAAUAUUUUAAGUGUUUGA